GGAUCGCUCGGUCCUGCAAACGCGCACCGGGCGCUUUCCCUGAAGCUGGGCUGUGCGAGCGAGCGCCCUUUUGCAGUAGCCACUGCCCGAGGGGGCGGGGAAGAGAGGACAUCGGCCGGCCGGCCAGGGGGCGGCGUCCCCCUCAAAACCGCCUGCAAAGUGUUUGGGGCGGCACAAUCAGGCCGCCUGCUCCGCGAAGCAAGCCACUCGCCCCGGGGCUGAGAGAGCGCACCGGGUUGGUUGGCAGCGCCGCGGUUGCUAGCAGGCGCCGGUGCCCUGGGCGCCGGGCUUGGGCUCACCAUGCCCCUGCGGGACCGGGUAGCGGGGCACAAGCGGAUUCCCGGCUUGCCCCCGCCUCGACGCGCUCGGAUUAGCUGCAGCUGGCUCCCAGGGAUUUGAAUCUGGACCCCAGGAGGGAGCGCGCCUAGGCCGACCUCGGAGCGGCGGCCCCGCGGCCAACAUGCUUCUCAAAGGGUGCUGUGUGGAAUUGCUGCUGCUGCUUCUGGCUGGGGAGCUACCCCUGGGUGGUGGCUGUCCUCGAGACUGUGUGUGCUACCCCGCACCCAUGACUGUCAGCUGCCAGGCACACAACUUUGCUGUCAUCCCGGAGGGCAUCCCAGAGGACAGCGAGCGCAUUUUCCUGCAGAACAAUCGCAUCACUUUCCUGCAGCAGGGUCACUUCAGCCCCGCCAUGGUCACCCUCUGGAUCUACUCCAACAACAUCACUUUCAUUGCUCCCAACACCUUCGAGGGCUUUGUGCAUCUGGAGGAGCUAGACCUCGGAGACAACCGGCAGCUGCGAACGCUGGCACCUGAGACCUUCCAGGGCCUCGUGAAGCUCCAUGCCCUCUACCUCUAUAAGUGUGGACUGAGCGCCCUGCCUGCCGGCAUCUUCGGUGGCCUGCACAGCCUGCAGUACCUCUACUUGCAGGACAACCACAUUGAGUACCUCCAAGAUGACAUCUUUGUGGACCUGGUCAACCUCAGUCACUUGUUUCUCCACGGCAACAAGCUUUGGAGCCUGGGCCAAGGCAUUUUCCGGGGCUUGGUGAACCUAGACCGGUUGCUGCUGCAUGAGAACCAGCUACAGUGGGUCCACCAUAAGGCUUUCCAUGACCUUCACAGGCUGACCACCCUCUUUCUCUUCAACAACAGCCUCACUGAGCUGCAGGGUGACUGCCUGGCCCCGCUGGUGGCCUUGGAGUUCCUUCGCCUCAAUGGUAAUGCCUGGGACUGUGGCUGCCGGGCACGUUCUCUGUGGGAAUGGCUGCGGAGAUUCCGAGGCUCCAGUUCCGCUGUUCCCUGCGCCACCCCUGAGCUGCGGCAGGGCCAGGAUCUGAAGCUACUGAGGGCCGAGGACUUCCGGAACUGCACAGGACCAGCGUCUCCACACCAGAUCAAGUCACACACGCUCACCACCUCUGACAGGGCUGCCCGCAAGGAGCACCAUCCAUCCCAUGGCGCCUCCAGGGACAAAGGCCACCCACAUGGCCACAUACCUGGCUCCAGGUCAGGUUAUAAGAAGCCAGGGAAGAACUGCACCAGCCACAGGAACCGGAACCAGAUCUCUAAGGUGAGCACUGGGAAGCAGCUUCCUGAACUGCAGGACUAUGCCCCUGAUUACCAGCACAAGUUCAGCUUUGACAUCAUGCCCACUGCGCGACCCAAGAGGAAGGGCAAGUGUGCCCGCAGGACCCCGAUCCGUGCCCCCAGUGGGGUGCAGCAGGCCUCCUCCGGCACUUCCCUGGGGGCCUCGCUCCUGGCCUGGAUACUGGGGCUGGCGGUUACUCUCCGCUGAGGACUAGGGCACAUUACCCAGCACUGCCACAAGUCCAGCAAGGAACAGAAUCUUUUCUCCUUUUUUUUCCUAA